CAGAAAGACGAUUGCGAAUGUAAAUAUAUAUACACACAUAUAAAUAUAAACAACAACAAUAAUAAUAACAAAAACAAAUAACAAUAGCAACGACUUAAAUAAAUUAUCUUCAUAAGAAGAACAUGGUAAAUUGAGACAGUUAUUAAAGGAACCAUACAUGUUUUAAAAAAGGAAAACCUACCAACAAAAAGUGUCGUAAAGUUUUAACUGCUGGUUUGCACAGAAUUACUUUAUCACAAUGUUAAAGUGGCGACGAAAAAGUGCAGGUAAUAUUCUCGAUGAGGUUGAUGGCGAGAAGAGAAAUGAACACGAGAAAAAAGAGGAUCGUUUCAGCCGAAGUUACAACGAAGCUGAAAUUUUGUCUUCACUCGCCAGCGAUUCACCUUUUGAAGACUUAAUGCUGGAAGAUGUUUACAAAAGAUUCGCGGAGCAGCAUAAAAAAGAGUCGCCUUUGACUGUCGAGGAAGCCUUUAUCGUAUCGCCUUCUUCUAAAACGCGUCGAGCAAAACCCGAGAGGCGAAUUUCACCUGCAAGUUUGCCCAGCAUUGAAGAGGGAAACGAAAACGACGAAUUGGCAUCAAUUGCCGAUUCAGGAAUAUGUGACGACGAUUUUGACUUUGAAGUUGAGAACAGGUAUAGAAACAAUAACCAAAACAUAACUAAGAAAUCGUAUUUUGAACCUUUAAAAAACCCGGACGAUGAAGAGUUUUUAAAAGUCAAUCACGACGAUGAGGGAGAUCUGUUAGCAAGUAUUAAUGAGGAAUUGCAUAAAAGAAGCGACCACCAAAAACAAGACUUCCUACAACAAGCUCGACAACUUUCACAAGAAUUCCUUACAAAACUUGAUAAAAAAGAAACUAAGGGGGAGAAAAUCCGUCCCUCUAGUAUAUGCUUAGACAAUGAUGAAAGGCCAAGCCAUAUUGAAACUGUUUUGCAAAGCUCUCCUCCACCUUUCUUACCUUUACAAACUUCCUCCCCCUCAGAUAUAGACAUCAAAAAUAAACAAAUCUUUAGCAGGCUAAAGCUCAAAGCUGACUUACACAAUCCAAUGUUAAAUAGUAGUGGUUCCGCAACCGAAGAUAUAACGCAGAUUGAGUUGCCGAGUUCACUAAUGUCAAGUAUGCUAUGGAAUGGUGAAACUAGUACCAGACCUCCUUCAACAAUAGAUAUUUAUCAAACAAUGCCACCCAAUCGCUAUCCAAAACGAAAUAAGGAUUUUAUGACUCAGUUAACCAGUCAACCAGAAGAAGAGGGUAAGCAAAGAAAGAACACAAAAGAGUUUAAGGUGAACCUGGAUGUUAAUCAUUACGCUCCUGAAGAAAUCUUAGUUACGCUGGAAGAUGGUAAACUUGUUGUGAACGGAAAACAUUUUUCCGAAUCGGAAUAUGGUUUUGAAUCUUGCCAGUUCCAUCGACGAUACCCGAUUCCAGUUGGGAUUAAAAAAACGGAUAUCAAAUCCCGAAUCAGUGAAGAUGGGAUUUUAACAAUAACUGGUAAAAUGAGCCCACCGCAAGUCAAGGCGAAACCAAAGGUGAAAGCAAGAAUAUCUCGAUAUGACAAUGUCGAUAGCGGCCCUCAGAGUCCAACCCAACGUGAACCAGCGAGUCCAGUAUCUUUGCCAUCACCAACCAACAACUCGCCACCAACAAGUCCGGAGUUCCGUCGCGAUAGCCCGGAUGGAUCACCAUCAAGCCCGUUAGAUAUCGAACUUGCGAAGAACAACAUCACUCAAAGAGAAGCACAAGACAAUGAUUUUUUUGAAGUUGACGAGAAUACCUAUGUUCUUAAGGUCACGUGUACAAGUUACAACCCUGAAGACAUGGAAGUGAGAGUUUCUGGUCGCGAGCUUAUUAUUCGUGGUAGGCAGAAAUUCAACCAAAUAGAAGAUGGCCAUGAACGCAUUCGACAUAAAGAAUUUACCAAACGUUUUUCCGUUCCGAGAAAUGCUGACGUCGACACAAUUACGUCACGCUUCACAAACAAGGACAUUCUAAUCAUUGAAGUUAAAAAAUUUAACAAUUCACGCGAAAGAUAAAAAAAAAUAAUAGAUAUCAGUAUUAUAUAGCAAAAAUUUAUAAAGAAAUUUUUUUCGACAAUUUUUUUAAACAAUGGACAAAUAAAAAGUAUAUAUACAGGCAUUAUUUUGAUGUAAAUUGAAUUCGAAUUUUUUUGUUACUGUUAUUAUUAUUAUUGUUUGUUUUUUUUAAAGAGAUUUCUGGUAUAUUUUGAUUUUUGUCAAUAACAACAUAUAAGACAUAAGCACUAAUCCAGCGUGGAGAUACAAGACACACUCAACGUGUGACCACGGCCACAA